GCUCUGAAGACCUUGAAGCAGUCGCACAGCUUCAAGACAUAUCCCGCACAAUGCGGCACUGCCUUCAGAAGAGGAUCCGAGGGGUUCCCUCUGAACAUUUGUACCUCAAGAGCAGCUCAAAAGUAGCUCAAGUCUCAAGAGCAGCAGAGCAGCAAAGGCUAAAGCGCAUAGGCUGCCAGAAAAGCCGCCAGACAAGCUCAGAGUCAAGCUGCAAAGGGCUGCACUUCGGCACUUCUAACAGGUUUUCUAGUGGACGUAGGCGAACAGUCAGGCCGCCAGCCCUGAUUGCUUGGCGUGCGUUGCAAAGUCUGCAGGGAACAUUGUCCUGCCGCUCUUUGGCUAGAAAGAGGAGGUCUGUAUAUAUGCAAUGGGCAAUCUUUUCUCCACCAACAAGAAGCGUCAGAUCACGGAUGUUGACAGGGCGGUGCUGUCAUUGAAGACACAGCGGCGAAAAUUAGUUGAAUAUCAGAGAAAAGUAGAAAGUGUUAUUGAAAGGGAGACGGCCGCGGCCAGGGAGCUCCUGAAAGAGAAGAAGAAGGAGCGGGCGCUGCUGUGUUUGAAGAAGAAAAAGUAUCAGGAGCAACUGCUGCAGAAGGUGGACGCCUGGAUCUUCAAUGUGGAAGAACAAAUUACGAAUAUCGAGGUCGUAGGGCGCCAGAAGGAUGUGUUUGACAGCCUCAAGAGUGGCCACAGCACCAUCAAGGAGUUGCAGAGCGAGAUCAGCAUUGACGACGUACAAAAGCUGAUGGAUGAGACAGCUGAAGCCAAGGAGUACCAAGAUGAGGUCAACCGGAUACUUGGCGAAAAGCUCUCAUCAAUGGAGGAGGACGAAGUGAAUGCCGAGUUUGAUAAGCUCGAAGAGGAGCUCCUCGACGUUGAUCUUCCGCCCGUCCCAGUGGUCCCUGAGCAGAAACUUCCGACAGAAGUGGUCGAGGACGAGGAGGAGUUGCCCGAAGUUCCAUCAGAACCAGUCAAGGUUCGCGGGCCAACGGAAGAGACGACGGAACUACCGGACGUUCCAACGAGACCGGUGAAAGAACGUGUGGCUAUCAGGGAGGAACCCUUGACCGCGUAAGCUCGCUGAUGUUAGAGGCUAGCUUUUAUUGUAUAUAGCCCUGUCCAAUACCUGAUACUUUACCGGAAUUUGUUUUUCAAGGAAUGUGCUACAGCUGAUGGUUUGUGGCGCGCGAC